AUGAUCAUCGACCCCGAGAAGAAGCCUUCUUCUUCCAAUUAUUUUCCGGUGCUUGUGUUGAUUCAUAUCGCGAAUUAUAUUCCUUUAUCUCAGCUCGUUAAGUUUCAGCUCGUAUGCUCGGAAUGGUAUUACGCAAUUGAAGAGCUACAGAGUGGAGAAUUUUGGAAUUAUAAAUUCCUGUCUUAUUAUUGGGAAAAGUUGAAAUUUUAUGAGAAAUUUAGUGAUGAAGAUGAUUCAUGGGGAGACAAAACAAUUAAAAAGAGAUUGAAAUAUGUAGAGAAAAAUCAACAAAUGACACUCAAAAAAUUGGAAAAACAUAAGAAUUUUUCGCGUCAACAGUUAAAAAACACAGUCAUCUCGGAAUGGUAUCAAUAUUUCAAUACGUUUUUUAAGGAGGAAGGAAAGGGUUUGGGAAGUACUGAAUUUUAUAACGUAAUGUGUAAUUUACCAGAAAAAUCGAGGUGGGGUGAGAGCAAAAUUAUUGUGCGAGCAAAACAGUUUUGGUAUCUCGCACAACAUUUUCCACAAGUGAUUGAAAAAUUCAUGUCAAAGAAAUCAUAUAGGGUCAUGUUGCCUUUGAUGCAAAGUAACAGUUGUACCAACCAACAACUGGAAAUUAUUUGUGAAAAGUUCAAACCAUGUUUUGAUUAUAUAACAGCAAGCUUUUAUUUUGAUAAGAUUUCUCUUAGACUACCCAACCCAUUAUCUACCGGUUUUAUGAAAUAUAUUUUAAAGUCUUACCAAACAUUUCGUGGACUUGGAAUGAAAGAAUUAUUUGUGGGAAAUUGUCACAAACUGAUUCCGUUGUCUCAGAGAAAAGCUGAACUCGAGCUAUUUAUUGAGCAUGUUACCCUCCACAGAAAUGGAAGGUCUAUACAGGAUAUCAUAUAUGAAAAAGAUUUUGUCGAAAUAAUACAUGCUGCCUUGAAUUAUCAGGCUUCCAUUCAUGAUAUUUCGAUUUUAAGCGAGAAACUAGGAAGAGAAGUACCAACGUCCAUCUUGAACAACACUCCUCCCUCUGAAGACUUUUUUUGCUGUUGUUUCAAUUUAGAAUUACAUAAGGAUAACGAACAACUUUCACAAAAGCUUCAUGAAAAAUUUUCGACAGCAAAUGAAAUAGAUCUUCUUGAACAAAUCGUUCUUGAAAAUGACAUUAAUUUAUUUAAAUGUUACGAUAAUCACAACAUCAUGGUAAAGAUUCUAUCUUUUCAUAGGAUACCACAAGUCGAGCGACUUAUAAUAUUGUUAAAGAAACAGGCUGAAAAGAAUAACAACAAAUAUGGCUAUUUCGAGGGAGACUUAAUUAAUUGGAAAAUGUUUGAUCCUUGUGGAAUCUGGAUGCAUAAUUUGUGCUUUAAAAGUGGACUUACAUACAACGUGAAAUAUACUAUCCACUCAUCGACAUGGCUAUUCAUUAAGCAAAGCAAUGCAAUCCUACAUCAUGCAACAUUGAUCGUUGUUGCUAAAAACAUUGCUCUUCCUGAAAUUAUUGAAUACAUGAAACAAAGAACUCGCGUUUUUCUUGACGAACUUGAUAUGGAAGGUGUGCCCUUGUCCCAAUUUAUGUUAGAACAUUUUAACAAGGAUAUUGCUCAAAUGGAACUUGCCGAAAUUAGGGAGCAUCUUUUUAGCUUCAGAGUUCCGCCCUUGAUGACAACGAUUUAA